AUGGCACGAACAAAACAAACUGCUCGUAAAUCAACUGGUGGUAAAGCACCACGUAAACAGUUAGCCACCAAGGCUGCACGUAAAUCGGCUCCAUCAACUGGUGGUAUAAAAAAACCGCAUCGUUUCCGACCAGGUACUGUCGCUUUACGUGAAAUUCGUCGUUAUCAAAAAUCCACGGAAUUACUCAUUCGUAAAUUGCCAUUUCAACGACUCGUUCGUGAAAUCGCACAAGAUUUCAAAACGGAUUUACGUUUUCAAUCGGCAGCUAUUGGCGCUCUUCAAGAAGCAAGUGAAGCUUAUUUGGUAUCACUUUUCGAAGAUACCAACUUAUGCGCUAUUCAUGCCAAACGUGUUACCAUUAUGCCGAAAGAUAUUCAAUUGGCACGACGUAUCCGGGGUGAACGUGCUUAA